AUGUUGUUGGUGCCUGGUAGCGAAGAACGACAUCGAAAUAUCUGGACAUCUGGUGUCUAUUUCCGCCGUAUCAUCGCUGGAUCUUUUGUUUCAUGGUUCUUUGCGCUUAAGCAGAGCGGCCCCUCCUUUGCGCGUGGCAUGAUUCUAGACACACACCCCUGGGGCCGCUAUUGCAUCACGUCUCCUUGUGAGAAAUAUACGAAAACUUCUCUCAGCCGACAGCUUCUCAGCGUCUGGGCGCCGUCCAAUCCAACAUACCAAAAGGCAUCCUUGAAUGGCUUUGCCAAAUCAUGGAAUAAGCCUUGGAGCAAAUACGAUUCAGCUGCCUCAUCAAAAGAUGAAGACUCGACCUACAGCUUGCUUUCGGGAGAGAACAUUCGGCGCCGAGACUCUCAAAGACGAAACUGGCCUCUGGCCAUCUCCGUGGCCGUAAAUCUUAUACUGGGGUUUGGACUUACACUUUUGGUAUUGCGAAAACAAAGCGACCCUGCGCUUCAGAUAUAUUCUCCUGUGAACCACCUGAUUGAGUAUCAUGUAACGAACAUUUCUACCGGAUUCAUGACCAAGACCCCAUAUAUGGGAUUUCCAAAUGACGAGAUUGAUGGAAUGUGGGAAGAUCUCUAUCAGUACGGUGACAGUGCCAUAACAAAAGAGGAGGCAGACCGGCUGGCGCUCCCGACAAUCAAUGAGAGAGGUACCGAUAGAUAUCUCAUACAACUAGAGGUCUUUCAUCAGCUUCACUGCCUCAACGAUCUCCGGAAAGCAUUCUAUCCGGAACGAUGGCCUAAAAAAUGGGAAUACAAUGAAGACGGGACCGUUAACCGGAAUACGAUGCAGUUUCGCCAUUGGGACCACUGCAUUGAUAUUCUCAGGAGCACACUUAUGUGCAACGCUGAUGUUUCUCCCAUCACUUGGCGUCUCAAUCUGCCCGUCGGCGCGGUGCUGGCCCCUAAUCUAGAAACAACACACACCUGCCGUAACUUUAGCAAGAUUGUCGAGUGGGCUCGAAUGCACGAGGCAACAGACCUACGGCAAGAGGUCACGCAGGAAGAGAGACAGGAGAUUAUUGACAACCCGCCCUUUGAUCAGACUGCGUGGGAAGAUCUGUCUGAGUUCUGGGCAGCUUUUCCUGGCAAUACAUACUUUAAACAAUGGCAGACUGGAUGGAACGAGACUGACGAAGGACGCGCCUUCUGGCAUCAGUGGCACAUCGAUCAAGCACAGAAGCAUGAGGAUCUCCCUGAAUUUGUCGAGCCGCAUGACCAUUGA